GAGAAAGGCCGAAGGAGAAAUGAACCAAACACGCACACUAAUUUAUGAGGAUAUAUUUAUGUUUCCAGCAACAAUGUAAAAUCUAGUGAUGACUGUGGAGAGGAUUUGAAUAAUUUAAUCUGGUUUUUACCUGAUGAGGACAUUUGGAUUAUUCUUGUGAAGACAGAAGUUGAUGUAGUGAUGACUGCUCAGCCUGAUGCAGAGACAAACGGCUACUGUCUGUCCCACAUGCUGGACAGUGAGGACAGUGACGAAGAAACCAGUCAAGAGGAGCCGUCAAUCACAAGCUGGAAUGAGCUGUCCAUCAUAGAGCGCGUUGGCCUCAACAGUGGGGAGAUGUCAGAGAAAGAUUUAGAGACGUCCUUCUCUCAGAUCGCCCUGGCCUUCCGCUGUGAUCAGUACACCCUGAAGCAGCGGCUGCAGGCGGAGGAGCACGCCCGCAACAUGGCCGAGGAGAACGUCCAGCUGGAGCUGACCAGAGGCAGGGAGACGCUGGAGACGCUGAAGGUCCUGUGUUUGGACAGUAUGCGCAGUCAGAUCCUGCAGAGGCUGGAGCUGUGUCUGGACAUCCUCGGUGGGACUGUGGAGCGAAUCUCCAACACGGCCGAGGUGCUUGGCGCUGUGCACCAGGAGGCUCGAGUGAGUCGUGCGGUCGAGCUCAUGGUGGCUCACGUGGAGAAUCUGAGGAGACGACACGACAGAAACUUGGCAGAGCUGGAGGAGGCCAAGAAGGCGAUCCAGCAGCAGAACUCCUGCAGGAACAGCAUCGACACCGGAGCGUCGCCAGAUCUAGAGGGAGGUGACGGCCGAAAGAGAAACUCUCUGCAGAAUUUACGUCGCAGAGUCAGUAUAUCCAUAAUUCCCACCCAAAUCCAGGAGAAGGUAAAGCGAGACUCGAGGAAACAAGCUCCUGAAAGGUCCUACAGCAAGGACUCCUUCCUCACAUGCUCGUCUCCCCCCCUGAACUCCGAGUCCAGCUGCUAUGCCGUCACCAAGGACGACAGCUGCUCAGUGGACGACAGGCCACCGGAUCCAGAUGAAACUCCGUCAGAAGGUCCAGCUCCUGCUGAGCUUCCUCCACCUCCCGUCCCCAACAACCCAGAGUGCCUCCCGUCGAAACAACCGGCCUCCAGGAAGUCACGCAACAGAAAUCCCCCUCUGGAUACUCUGCGACAGAGACACAAGGACAAAGCUACGUUAUCAAAGAAAAAAGCAGACAAGGAUAAAAAGAGUGUGAAUAGUUACCGACGGCUUUCUGGGAGCAUGUGUGGAUCUUUGUGGAGACGUCGUCCUCUGGCUCACUGGUUGUAUCGCUGCCGCUGGGCGCUCGCCUGCACGUACCUGUUUGUGCUUUUCAGUGUUGUAACAUUGACUUACUUCUUGUGGAAGCUUCACGAUGAAGAACCUGAGCCAUGAAUAUAAAGUCAUAGUAGGACUUUGUCUAAAGUCUGUGACUGUGAACAUCCGGCAUGUAGACCAGAUGAAACACCUGAAUAUAAAACACUUUAUUCAUGUAUUUUGACAUACUUU